CUGUUUGAAGCACGUUAGACGAAAUCGCACGGGUGCGUCGAGCAGGCCACGUCGAGCCGCCGCAUCUGUUUCUUUUCGUUUAGUAUCACGUACGCGAGAGACGGUAUCUUCGAAAAAUAGAGAAAGACAGAGAGAGACAACUACAACGUCAGUCGCGUUCGGUCGAACGCAAGGAACGCAAAUUCGUGCAUGUGACUCGGCGCGACGAGAGACUCCAAAGGCAUCUACAAGAGUUCGAUCGCCGGGGACCAUGAGACCCGCGAGAAGCUGGGCUCCUCUGGCAGCGACCGUGCUGGCCACGACCCUGCUGCUGAGACCCAUCUACGCCGAGGCGCCAAUUUCGGGUAACUAUCUGCCACCCUCGACCAGUUACGGCACCCCUAAUUUAGGAGGUGGUAGUGGAGGUGGCGGUGGAUACUCUGGCGGAGGUGGCGGAGGUGGUCGACCGUCCUCGACUUAUGGAGCGCCCAGUCAAGGUGGCGGUGGCGGUGGCGGUGGAUACCCUGGUGGCGGCGGAACGCCGUCCUCUAGUUAUGGAGCACCCCCCUCAACGAGCUAUGGAGCACCCCCUUCAACCAGCUACGGGGCACCGUCCGGAGGUGGUGGCGGUGGUGGCGGCGGUGGAUUCGGCGGGGGUGGUUUCGGCGGAGGAGCUCCUUCCGGCAGCUACGGAGCACCGCCGUCCAGCAGUUAUGGUGCGCCUAGCUCUGGUGGAGGAGGGCCACCGUCUUCUAGCUACGGAGCUCCGUCCCGUCCGUCCAGCGGCUAUGGGACGCCAUCGGUAGGACGACCGUCUUCGACCUAUGGUGCGCCUUCCAGCGGAGGUGGCGGUGGAUUUGGCGGCGGCGGUGGAUUCGGCGGUGGUGGCGGCGGUGGAUUCGGUGGAGGAGCUCCUUCCAGCAGCUAUGGGGCACCGCCGUCCAGCAGCUACGGAGCACCGCCGUCCAGCAGUUAUGGGGCGCCUAGUUCUGGCGGAGGAGGGCCACCGUCUUCUAGCUACGGAGCUCCGUCCCGUCCGUCCAGCGGCUAUGGGACGCCAUCGGUAGGACGUCCGUCUUCGACCUAUGGUGCACCUUCUAGCGGAGGUGGCGGUGGAUUUGGCGGUGGCGGCGGAUUCGGCGGUGGUGGCGGCGGUGGAUUCGGAGGUGGUUUUGGCGGAGGAGCUCCUUCCAGUAGCUACGGGGCACCGCCGUCCAGCAGCUAUGGAGCACCGCCGUCCAGCAGCUAUGGAGCACCGCCGUCCAGCAGUUAUGGGGCGCCUAGUUCUGGCGGAGGAGGGCCACCGUCUUCUAGCUACGGAGCGCCGCCGUCUUCCUCUUACGGCGCACCUUCGGGAGGUGGCGGCGGCGGCGGAUAUUCCGGCGGUGGUGGAAGACCGUCAACGUCUUAUGGUGCCCCAUCCAGUGGUGGUGGUGGUGGUAGUUUCGGUGGAGGCGGCUCUGGCGGAUACUCUGGAGGCGGCGGAGGUGGCAGACCAUCGUCGACCUACGGUGCACCGAGCUUCGGUGGCGGCGGCGGCGGCGGUGGAGGCGGACAGAGUUAUGCCAGUAAUGGAGGAUACCAAUACUAAUCCAGACACGUGUUCACUCGGCGAAACGAUCUCCGUGCUCGAUCGCGUCGGCUUCCAUCAAGUUUCUCGGACUGGACAUCAAGAGUCAUCGGUUUGAUAGAUCCGUGUAUCAGGAAAUGGGCGUCGAUCGCCCUUAAUCGAGAGGCCAAUUUUAAUUAAAAGGUAGCUCAUAAUUAUUAAUGAAGAUGUCCUAGACAUGAGCGCUGAUAAUGUCAUAUAUAACAGAGGAGAUCCACGCUAGAGGUAUCUCGUUAUCAUUGAAUAUAUCUUCGAUAAUCGUGAGUGACAAUCAUAAAGACAGAUAUAUCUGUGAGGUCUUCCGUAGAAACAUUUCUGCUUGGCAGCCGACGGGGAAAGCGUGCGAAGACCGUUCGUCGCAUCGUAAAUCCGCGAAAUUCGUGCUAAAGAUUUAACAACAACGAUAGGUUUUCGGUCGGGAAAAUUGCGAACAAUAUUAUGAUACCUGAUACAUGGCAGGCGCGUUCCUGCUAAUGGCCGAAAGAGCAAAGCAUCGAUCUUUUUUCCUUUUUUUCACAAUCACGGCUAUGUCAUCUCUUCCGUACGCUUCCAGACAAGCGCAUCGUUACUGCCGAUAUCGAAAGAUAUGCCAAAAGCAAAGAGGAAGAGAGUAAAAGAACGAACAAGACGAACAAAGCUCGAUUUUCCACAUUCGGAGCCUGUAACUUAUUUAUUUUGUAAAGACGCUUUUUGUACUAAUAAUAAAGCCGCUGUACGCUGAUAA